UCUCUGCCUGUGGACAGAACUGCAGUUUGUCUGUCUCUCAUUGGGUCGUUUGACUGCAGGUGGUUCUCCUUACUGGAGCUGUUGUUUGUGCCGGUGAUGAGCGUCUGUUCCUCCGCUCCACAGCACACCAGGACUGAGAGGCGAUUCAGUCUCACCUCAACUCUUUCAGCCUACAGGUUGCAGACAUGCAUCGCUGAGCGCACGACACGGACGCGGGAGAACUGUCGCUACACUGUUUUCCACCACCUCAUCAUGGAGGAUCAGACUAGUGCAUUAUGGGAAGUAAUCUGCAGUGGGACAGGCACAAUAUACAAGGACUGAAGGGUCGUGAUGGAGACUGGGAGCUACACUUCAGGCCCCGCCACCAUUGACUGGGUCAGGAUGCCAGCAGGCCUGGAGGGUACGGAGGUUCAUCAGGAUCAGGGAGAUGCCUCAUCUGCCAGUGCGGUUCCCUGGCACAUGCCGUACUCACUGAGCUUCCAGGUGUCGCUUACCGCCUUCCUAAUGCUCGAGCUCGUGCUGGGGUUCAGCAGCAACCUGACAGUGCUGGUGCUCUACUGCUCCCAGUCUAAUUUGGUAGAUUCAGUUAGCAACAUGGUGACGGUCAACCUGCAUGUGCUGGAUGUGGCAGUGUGCUUACUCUGUGUGCCCCUCACUUUGGUGGUGGUGCUGCUGCCGCCAGGACCCAACCUGACAUUGCUCUGCUGCUUCCACGAGGCUUGUGUCACAUUCGCCAGCAUUGCUACAGCCAUAAACAUCCUGGUCAUCAGCCUGGACCGCUAUGACAUCUCGGUGCGGCCAGCCAACAGGCUACUGACGACUCGCAGAGCAGCGCUGCUCCUGGCUGCCGUCUGGGUCACUUCGGUUGCAGUGUUUUUCAUGCCGUUCUUGGAGGUCCAGUGGUCCAGUGCAUCAGAACCAGAUGAAACAAGUGAGAUGACCACCUCACUUGGUGUUAGGGGAACAGCUGUGCCAGCAUGGCGGAACAGGACCCUCCUAUGUGUUGGUGGUCAGGGCUAUUACACAAGUCUGGGUAUGUAUUACCAUCUCAUACUACAGGUGCCCAUCUUCUUCACCACUGUGGCAGUCAUGUUGUUCACCUACUCCAGAAUACUGAGGGCUCUGAACAUACGCAUUGGCUCCCACAUGAGGAAGAGUCAGCGGAGCAGGGGGCGUCACAAGAGACAGAAAGAGAGGAAGGGAGGACUUAGGAGGAACAACAGAGAGGCAGGAGGGGAACAGUGCACCACAGAUGGUACAAAACAGCUCAGCCACCCACCACUCAUUCCAUCCCCGUCUCCAACCCCAACCGCUACCUCUCCCCCCGCCCAGUCCACCGCCGCUCCUCUCAUCGCCUCUGAGGCGGGCGCUGCUGCUCCCCUGCCAGCCACCAUGGGCGUCCAGGCCUCCGUCUCAGCAAUAAUAGCACUGCGUCGGGCAGUGAGACGUCAUCGAGAUCGUCGUGAACGACAGAGGCGGGUGUUUAAAAUGUCCCUCAUUAUCAUCACAACUUUCCUGGGCUGUUGGGCUCCUCUUUCUGUGACCAACAUACUGAUCCUAAGCAUCGGCCCCAGUGACGUCCUGGUCAGCCUACGGCUCUGGUUCCUGGCCCUUGCUUACGGCACCACCAUCUCCCACCCCUUGCUCUAUGCCUUCACCCGACAGAAACUGCGCCGUGCCCUUCGUGCCAAAGUUAAGAAGCGAGUGGUGUCCUUGCUCCAGGUGGACCCGUCUCCAGGGGGCACAGUGAUACACAACUCCUGGGUAGAGACCAGAAAAACCAGCCGACAGGUGCGGCUGGAAGCAAGUGAAGGCACAGAUCGCCACAUGGCCGAGGCCCUUUGAGGCUGAGACCCUUGGGUGCAGACGGAGUAAUUAAAAAGCAGAAUAAGGUCGCAGGUGCAUUCUAUUGUAAAAUUCACUGAUGCAAAGAGCUGCUGUAGAAAAUGUGGAGAGCACAUUUUUACCUCUGGGAGAUGUUUAAAUGUAACCGCCAGCAAGGCCCGGCUAAACACGGCUCCGGUCACCUCAGGCAACAUUUAAGGCAGAACGCUGUCGUCACUGUGGUGUGCAUGGCUUCCACACAAAUUAAGGUAUAUCAUUUGUACACUGCGAAAUACUGAGGUUUAUAAACAUACAGUGAGUUUUUAUAUAACUGUUCUUAAGAAUGUGUUGUUCCAGAGAAAGAUCUCCCACUCAAAUGAUCUUAUGUUCAUCCACUUUGAAUACAUAGCUAUUCUUUGAAUCAAAUCAAUAUUAGCUGUACUUCUGUUUUGCAGAAGAAACAUUUAAAACACUGCCACAUUAGCCUGAAUAAAGAAGGCUAAAGGAUUUAGAAGUGGUCAACGGAUGAAGACCCUGUCAUAAGACAGUAAAAGUGUGAAAUAAGCAAUGCAGUUUGGUUCUAGCUCACACGGUCAGAUAUAACAGGGUUUAUUUAAGAAUUUACACCACCAUUUGAUAUUACUUCAGCUCUUUUUCUUCCUAGUUUUUAAGUAAUGGUGUAAUAUCUUACUGUAACUUGCAGACUAGCUGAUCCCUUCAUCUUUUCUCCCUUCUUUAUGCUGACCCAUACAGUGCCUUGCACUUCCUCACAGUUUGAAGUUACAGUCGCAAACCGCAAUGUAUUUUACUGGGGUUUUAUGUGGUAGACCAACACAAAGUAGUGCAUAAUUGUACAAUGGAUGAAAAUGAUGCAUGGUUAAAUGUUUUACACAUUAAAAUCAGAAAAGCGUUACAUUAAUAUGCUUUCAGCCCCUUUAAUUCUUAUACUCCUAAAUAAACUGUAGUCUAAUCAGUUGUCUUAGUCUUAAGUUAUAAUAACGCAUCAUUGUGAAGUGGAAGGGAAUAUGAUACCUGUUUUUAACAUUUUUUUUAAUAAAAAAAUGUGAUGUUGAUUUGUAUUAAGCCCCCAAAUAAAAACCAGUGCUGCCAAUUGCCUUUAAAAGUCACCUGUGUUUAAUUUAACUUCAGCAUUAAUGCAGCUGAUCUGGUGAAGGCCUUAGAGGUUUGUUUGAGAACAUUGGAGAACAAAUCAGCAUCAUGAAGAAAAGGAACACAGCAGAUAGGUCAUGGAUAAAACUGUGGAGAGGUUUAAAGCACCAUUCUGUUAUAAAAUGAUAUCUCAAACAUCUCAAAAGAGUGCUGUUCAGUCCAUUAUCUGAAAAUGAUUAUUGCACAACUGCAGGCCUACCAAAACAUGGCCAUCCAUCAAGGAGUAAGUUAACCAGAGGAUCAGCCAAGGGGUCUGUGGUAACUCUGGAGGAGCUGCAGAGAUCCAUAGCUCAGGAGGAGAAUCUGUUGACAUGACAGCUGUUGUAAUUAUGAAUAUGAAUAUAUUAUUUAAUAUUAAUAUUUUAUUAAAUAAUAUUUUGGUUGAGGGGUGUCCUGUAAAUACCAGCCUAAUAAGGCGGUGGUAUUAGGACAAAAUUGAAAGGGAUGAGCCAAGCUCUGACAUUAUUGAACAGCAUAAACUCUGCACACACAUGGAAUGAAUUCACACAAUUUCUUAAAAUACAAGAAU